UAUUGGUUGAUAUGGACAACGUGUUGGCAGACUUUGAUUCGGAGUUUGGAAAGAGAUGGAAAGAAAGGCAUCCUGAACAAUCCGAUUUUGAUCUUUCUCAAAGGAAAUAUUUCGAGCUGGAAGACAAUUUUCCUGAUGAAGAGAAAGAAGAAGCUAUUGCUUUGAUGAGUGAAGAAGGCUUCUUUUUGAGUUUUCCUCCAGUACAAGAUGCCAUCGAAUCAUGUAAAGAAAUGGUACGUGAAGGACUGGAUGUUCGCAUUUGUUCGGCACCUUUGCCCUUUCAGUGGGAAAGUUGUGUAAAGGAAAAGUAUUUGUGGGUUCGCAGAUAUUUGGGAGAAGAUUUCUUGCAACGUCUUAUGAUUGUUCGAGACAAAACGUUGGUAAAGGGUACUGUUCUUAUAGACGAUAAACCUCAAGUUCAAGGAAUGGUCAAACAUCCUGAGUGGAAACAUGUUGUCUUUACCCAACCUUACAAUUUACAUAGACAAGGCGUAAUAAGAAUGAAUCGUUGGUCCGAAUGGCGUCAAGUGUUAAUUCCGUUGUUGUUACAAUAAAAGUUAGUUUUUGUGGUGGUGGUGGUAUU